AUGCGGGGAGGUGAGUCACCAAGACGAUGUCUAAGGACUGCAUACAAGGUUCCACGUGUAGACGAGCUGCUCGAUGCGAGGCUUCCACUGGGCUGCCACAUACAGGCUUUUGCGGAUGAUGUCUUGCUGGUUGUCACGGCCGCGAGUGUCGGCGAGCUGGAGAGCGCUGCCAACUUAGCUCUCCACCAUAUAGUCAAGUGGGGAAGGAGCGUCAAGCUGGCCUUCGGUCUCACUAAGACUAAACUCAUUGCCUUCACUCCCAAGGCUAAAGUAGCCAGCAUUAACAUAGACGGGCACCGUCUUUCCUUUGUGCCAGAGGUUAAACUGUUGGGAGUCAUCUUAGACGAAAAACUAAACUUUGGGAAACACGUGAAACAUGUUAUCAACAAGGCCGUGCGAAUCUUCAACAAGCAUCCUGAGAACAUCAGUACCAUUUACCACCAAGUGAUCAUGCCAACUAUCACCUACCCUGCAGGAAUUUGGCGACACGUUGCCCAGAAAAGGUGCAUCAGAAGGGCAUUCGGGAGCAUGCAGCGCGGAUUUGCCAUUAAGGCUAUUAGGGGAUUCCGUACGUAUCUUCAUCCGCGGCCCUCGCGUUAG